AUGCAAGUUUUUACAAAAAAUAGAUGUCUCCUAUUCAUAUCUCUGGCGCUUCGAUCCAUGUCGAAUGCACCUUUGGGCCGUGAUUACACGUCUCAUUUUAGUAUCUCUGCUACUUUUCUCAUGUCUCUUAUUCCAAUUUUACUAUAUAUGUUGAGAUGGAUGCCAAUCGUAUCAACCCUGAAACGAAGAGAAAUGAGGCGAGCACCCAAAUGCGCCCACGAGAACCUGAAACUGGUAGAGAUUGGUGGGUACUAUGGUCGUACAAGUGAUGCUGAAGUCGCCAUCUACUUCGUUGAAAACACUGUUGCUCUGCAGAAGAUCGUGAUUGAUCCUCGUAACCAAGUUCAAAAUAGAUUUCCUCUAGGGGAUGCUCAGAUCAAGCACCACGAAUCUGCCCGAAAACAUGCCAGGGAGCAUCUCAAAUCGAAAAUACCUCCACAACUCGAAUUAGUAAUCCUUUGAUCUCGGCCUUGGCCUCGGUGAACCGCGGGUGUGAGCUUUAAAACCCCAUUUUUGUGCACAUUAAUUAUUAGUACAUGAUAUGUAUAAUUUAGCACUAUCGUAAAAUGGUUGGGGGUUCCAUGGUCCUCAUGACCCUCUUUAGGUCCGCCACUGAACGUGACAGCAAAAGUAUAGGC